AUGGACAGCGAUGAGGGAGUUAAGCAAGAAAUUGCCAAAAUGGAGGAGGCGGCCAAGAUCUUGAUGGGCGAGAACUCACCUCUGGAGCAAAGACGUGAAGCUGAAGCUUACUUUGUUCAAUUGAGAGAGGCUAAUCUCGAUCCUAAUUUGUGUAGGAUUAUAUUGGGUAUGUCACAAUAUAUGCAAAAAAGUGAUGGAAUUCUUAAAUUUGUUAUACUUUAAAAAAUAUAAAUUUUUUUAAAUGUUUAUCAUCUGCAACGCUUGCAGAAACAACUCGGGAACCCGUUGUCAUGUUUCAAAUAGCUCAGUGUUUAUGUGCGUCGUUAGUUAAAAGCUUUAUUACUACCAGUAAAGAGGAUCUACUUCACAUCUGUAAAUACAUGUUGGAAAUGCCAUUGAAUAUGAAUCAGUAAGUUACAAUUAUACUUAUUAUUUUGUGUUUAGAUUGCCCGGUUAUGUUGUUGCUGAAGUACUUAAGGUAUCAGCUACCCUAAUUAAGCGAGGCAUAAUUGCACCUGAUUCAUGGGACGUUGAGUUUGUGGUCGAGUACAUCAACAAACUCUUAGAAAGCACUGAUGAGAAUCUGGUAAGGUUUUAUAGCUUUUUUAAAAAUAUAUUUCUGAUUUUUCUUAUCGUUACUGUUAUUAACAUUAAGUCCGCUAUAAGUAUUCUGUUUCAGCAAGCUCUUGGAUUGAGAGUUGUAGAAGCGAUAUCUCUGGAGUUUUCAACAAUGUGGAGAGCAUCUACUAACAUGGGUUUUGAUUGUCAUCACAAAGCGAAAAGGAAAUUUGAAGUAAGUCGUGGUACCCAAAAUGUUUGUAAUAUGGUUGAUGGUUUUAUUAGCUAUUAAAGGUGAUUUUUAAUGUUUUUUAGGAAAGUCUUUUGAAACGAUUUAUGCAGAUGUCUCUAACUUCAUUGUCACGUAUUCUGUCCAAUGAUUCGGUUAACGAACGAGUUUGCGACCGCUUUCUCAAAGUCGCUGCUAUCGUACUGCAAUGGAACUUCACCACCAGUAUUAAAACAGCCUUCUUGAAAGUCAAUUUGUAUGCAAUGAACACGGCGGUGGCGUUGAGACCACCGCCAUCUUGGGCUGAUCUCUUUACAAACGAGGAACUUCUGCCAUUCUUUUUCGGACUUCAUCAGAAAGUGCGACACAAUUCUCAAUUGGCUGACAAUUCUUUGUCAUGUUUGACUCAAUUGGCUUCCAUAAUGGGAAGUGUUCUGGACAGCAGGGUCAAGGUUAGGGUGCCUGGUGUUCCACAGCCUCAUGAUCUAUAUGUUCAACGAUAUUGCCAUCACUUAUGUGAAACGUUUGAAAAGUGAGUAGAUUUAUGAGAAUUUGUCUCUUGUUUUGGAUACAACGUUUUUCACAUUAUUAUAUAUAUGAAUGUUUAACAAUUUUGACGUAAUUUAGCUGUUUCCCCUACGAAGUUUUGUCAUUCACCACAGCGUUACACCGUAUCUUCAGUCAUCAUCCUAUGCCUAUUUUCAAACGCUUUCCACACGACCUAAUGACUAAGUUUAUCAAAUUUAUUGUGCAUUGGUGUGGACAGCUGGCUGAUCCGGCUAUGAUGGAGGUACUUGCAUUUUUUCCUAUUUUAACUCAUAAAAAAUCUAUUCAACUUGUAAAAUUACAUUUUACAGAAAAAGGACGAAGAGAGCGUUCUAGUUGAAUCAUACGCUCAUUGUCUAACGUGUUGGGGCAUUCUGCUACGAUCAAGUCCAACUUUCCCAACAGAAGCUCAGAAACUUAUUGAGAAGGAAAAUGAGAAUGUAAUUGAAUCGUUUUUGAAAGCCGUACUAGCACCGCCGUUUGGUUCUAGAGGUAUAACUGAAGAUGAAGAACGUGGGGAUGAAAUGGAAGAUGAUGACAUGGAUGACACCCAAUUUUACAGUCCAAUCUUGGGCAAUGUCGGGGCUUUUUGUCGUCUUUCUAUCGACAAGUUUGCCGAGUUUAUCACAAGGUAAAAAACUGAUAUUGGAAGGGUUUCUGGAUGAAUACCAUUAUAUUAUAUUGAAAAUAUCAUGAAGUACUGUUUCUGAAUGAAAUUUCUUAAUUUCUUACAAUUUCAGCGUUUUCCAUCAACGAAUUCAACAGCGAAACGUGGUGGCAGCCGGCCAGAUCUCAGAAAAUGACAGAAUCCUCUGGUUGGAGGAUAUUCAUUGGAUAUUACUGAUCAUUGGUAGGCGUAUUCUUUUUUUCAUAUUUUUGAUAUGUAGGCUCAUUCUUCCAUGACUCGGACCGAGAAGUGUACACUUACCUCAACAAAGGCUAUUUGGCAAAGAAGUUUCAACUUCUGGAUGUGCCAACGUUCCUGAUCCAAUGUGCUUCAUCUGACGAGUUCCAAAGUCCUGAUAAUGCUGAUCCAGUUACUGUGUAAGUUUAUUUUUAUGGUUAUAACCAGUGCUUCUUUCGGACCAUGUCUUUCAUAAGAUUUUUUGCUUUUUAAAAUAUUGUAUCCUAUUGUUUUAUGGUUUUAGAAUAGUUGGCCUGGUAUGCCACUGGUUCGGAAUUGCCUUCCGUGCUUUGGAUGCUGAAGGUGAGAAUAGUCGGAUUGUCAGCGCCGAAGUAUAUCGAACAACUUUUCUCACUUUCUCAACUGUUAUCAACUACUUGACAAACCUAAACGACGAAACUCCAUCACAAUUCUUUGAUGAUGCUCCACCAACCCCGUGCCCGAUGCCCAUACUCCCAUCUAAUGGGGAAUUCUCGAUGCAACUCAUUGAGUUUGUCAUCAAGCAAAUCUUCACAGCCUUCAAAAUUUUCCCAUCGGAAAGAAAGUAGGUGAUAAGCUUUUAUAAGUUGUAAUGUUAACGUUACACACUUCCCUAAAGUUAUAUUUUGGUAUAUUUACUUUUAUCUGGGCUUCUCCCCCGGCUUUUGGUAACAUAAAGUUUUGAAUUUAGGUUGUGUAAUGCUGCCGUAAGUCUACUUCUUCAAGAAUCCGUAAAAAGGGCUGAAUUCAUAGCCAAAAGUCCGUUGUUAUACCAAUUGAUCUCUUCGAUAACAUUGGAACGAUUACCAGCACGACGAACCUUCAUGACUUGCCUGGUGACAAUUGGAUCCAAUGUUAACUCAACUGCCGAAAGAGAACAGAUGCACAACAUGGUAAGUACUUUAUUAAAUAGUAGAAUGGUAUAUUAUUUUACUUAUUUAUUUGUUUAUUGAACUGAAUCGACUUUGUCAUCUACUUUGAUAUUUCAUUAUGUGUUUACAGAUUCUGAAACCGAUGGCAGACCGAUUCAUGGAGGCAUCUCAACAAUAUUUUGCUGGUGAUCGUGUUGUCGUUUCCCAUAUGGUAGACCUCCUCGAAUGUUUUAGCGGUGUUGCUAGGGCAGCUCAAAUCGAAUCCGGAUCUAUCUUAUACGGUAAUUGAACUUAAAUGGUUUUAUUUUACAUCAAAGAUGAAACUAAUACCGAUGCCAUUUUGGAAGUCAUCUUAAAUCUUCAGAAGCUACGGUUUCUAAUCUAAUUUUACAUUUCCAGAAUACUUGUUACCAAUUCUCAGAGUCUCAAGCAACGUUAUUAAGAUUGCGGUCGAUUCCCAAUCAUUGGUCGAAGCGAUAUUGGACGUGUUCCACAAAGUAGCCACUACGGUGUUCGUGUUUAUGGAUCUGAAGACCAACGAUACUGCGGAAGAAAACUCCUUCAUUAUGUUACUAAUGGAACUUCUAGAUAACUACAAGGAAAGUCAACUUCGACGAUUCAGCAGUGCCAGAGCUUUUGCUGAUCUAGAACAAGAAGAGCAAAUCGCUGACUUGGUGAUUCUCCUAAAGACCAUUUCCAAUACUAUCUCGAAGCCUUACAUCAUGUGCGGGAUACCUUCUGACAUGUCGGACCCCCUGUCUACUCCAUUGUGUGAGAAGAGUAAGUUGCGUUUAAUAAAAUGUUACAGUUAGCGAUUCCUAAUAUUAUUUAGGUCUUUUUUGUUGUAUAUAUUACUAUAAUUCUAAUUUUCAGCGCUAAACUUCAUAUUACCACUAAUGGCAGAGGAAUGCCUUCAACUACCGUCAUUUAGUGCGGCAUUCUUCCGUCUACUUCAACAUGUUACCGAAUGUUGUCCGAUGGUUUUCCUACAACUGGGCGACGAGAAUAUCAAUAAGUUAUUCUUGUGUUUCGUAUGGGCCCUAAGUGGUGCAGCAUCAACAGAACCAACAAGACUAACCCUGGAAUGCAUAUCUAUGGUCACAAAAAUGCUGUCAAACAGUACCGACACGGCGAAUGGACCUUUUUCUUUGAGAAUGUUCAAUGAUCUCUGCGCGGUAGGCAUUUCUUGUAAAGUAUUGUUCAGUUCACAUUAAUGUAGAUUUAAAUUUUUCUUUUGGGGUUUUUGAAAGUUGAAUAUUAAUGCUUUGCUAUUUUAGAAAACUUUCGAAAUGGCCGUACAUUCAACGGGCGAGGUCGAACUUCAUGUAUGUGCAAUAAAAGCGGCCUAUGGUUUCAUAGCUUUAAAUAAAGUAAGUUCUUGCUUUAAAAAACAGGUAAUGGUUAAAAAUGGGCCUGAGUACAAAGGCUUUCAAAAGCCACGACUAGUCUUCAGUCUCAGUUUUUAAUUAAAAUGUACCCACAAUCUUAAACUUCCAGAACUUCUUCAUGGAAUACGUAAACUCCGUGGUAUCACGACCAGAAAACGUCGCAAAACAAGAGAUUGCAGUGAACGCAUUCAUGGCCCUGAUCCCACAAGCAACUGAAAACCUGAAUUCUCGAAUAGAAUACAAAGCCUUCAGCGAUCGCUUCGAAAAGUUCUUGGAAGUCUCGGACAACUUUAUCAUCUAA